AUGUCUUCACUCUGUAUAUUCCUCUUCCUCCUUUCUCUGACCUUCACCCUCACUUCAUCUUCUUCAGAAGCUGAAACCCUACUUUCCUUCAAAUCCACCAUUCAAGACACCAAAAACACAUUAUCAACAUGGUCCAGCACUUCCUCAAACCAUUUCUGUAACUGGACUGGAAUCUCAUGUUCUUCAACUUCAUCGCCAUUUUCAGUAACUUCUGUUAACCUUCAAAACCUAAACCUUUCCGGUGAUAUCUCAUCUUCUAUAUGUAGCCUCCCAAAUCUCUAUGAUCUUAACCUUGCUAAUAAUGCAUUUAACCAACCUAUUCCACUUCAUCUUUCUCAAUGUAGUUCAUUGAAAAGUUUGAAUCUUAGUAAUAAUCUUAUCUGGGGUACUGUCCCAUCUCAGAUUUCUCAGUUUGGUUCAUUGUUAGUGCUUGAUUUGAGUAGAAACCAUAUAGAAGGAAACAUCCCUGAUAGUUUUGGUUCGUUGAAAAAUCUUCAAGUGCUUGAUAUGAGUACUAACUUGCUUUCUGGUGACGUGCCUAAGGUGUUUGGUAAUUUGUCUAAGCUGGAAAUUCUUGAUUUGUCUUUGAAUCCUGACUUGGUGAGUGAGAUUCCUGAAGAUAUUGGGGAGCUUGGGAAUCUGAAGCAACUUCUUUUGCAGAGUUCGGCUUUUCAAGGUGAAAUUCCUGAGUCAUUGAAGGGUUUGGUUAGUUUAACUCAUUUAGAUCUCUCUGAGAAUAAUCUUACUGGUGAAGUUCCAAAGAGUGUUGUGUCUUCUCUUAAGAACAUUGUUUCUUUUGAUGUUUCACAGAACAAGCUUUUAGGUUUGUUUCCAGAUGGUUUGUGUAAAGGAGGAAAAGGGCUUAUAAGUUUAAGUCUUCAUACAAAUGGGUUUACUGGGUUGAUACCAAACUCAACUAGUGAAUGUGAGAGUCUUGAGAGAUUUCAAGUUCAGAACAAUGGUUUCUCUGGUGAUUUUCCUGUUGUGUUGUUUUCACUUCCUAAGAUUAAGCUCAUUAGAGGUGAAAACAAUAGGUUUACAGGACAAAUACCUGAGUUGAUCUCAGAAGCUUCUCAGUUAGAGCAAGUUCAGCUUGAUAAUAACCUUUUUGAUGGUGAAAUUCCUUCGGGUAUUGGGUUAGUUAAAAGCUUAUACAGAUUUUCUGCUUCUUUAAAUCAUUUCUAUGGUGAAAUUCCUCCUAAUUUUUGUGAUUCACCAGUUAUGAGUAUCAUGAAUCUCUCUCACAAUUCUCUUUCUGGUCAUAUCCCUCCGCUGAAAAAAUGCAGGAAGUUAGUUUCACUCUCUUUAGCUGAUAACAGUUUAACCGGGGAAAUUCCUAAUUCUCUAGCUGAACUACCUGUGCUUACUUACCUUGAUCUCUCAGAUAACAAUCUCACUGGUUCAAUUCCACAAGGUCUUCAAAACUUGAAGCUUGCACUUUUCAACGUUUCCUAUAAUCAGUUAUCUGGAAAAGUACCAUUCUCGUUGAUUUCCGGUCUUCCUGCAUCAUUUUUGGAAGGAAAUUCUGGUCUAUGUGGUCCUGGACUGCCGAAUUCAUGUUCUGAUGAUGACAAGCCAAGACACCAUGUUGCUUCUGGUUUUACAACCUUGGUGUGUGCUUUAAUCUCUCUAGCCUUUGUUGCUGGAAUUUCUCUUGUUGCUGGUGGAUUUAUAUUGUAUAGGAGAUCUAACAAAGGGAAUGAAGGUUCGGUAUGGCGCUCGGUGUUCUUCUAUCCUCUCAGAAUUACUGAGCAUGAUCUUCUUGUAGGGAUGAAUGAGAAAAGCUCAAUAGGAAAUGGAAUUUUCGGUAAUGUUUAUGUUGUGAGUUUACCUAGUGGUGAUUUAGUAUCUGUGAAGAAGUUGGUUAAAUUUGGAAACCAGUCUUCAAAGAGUUUAAAAGUUGAGGUUAAAACUUUAGCUAAAAUUAGACACAAGAAUGUUGUUAAGAUUCUUGGGUUCUGUCAUUCUGAUGAGUCAGUUUUUCUCAUCUACGAAUACUUGCAUGGUGGAAGCUUAGGGGACUUGAUUUGUAGUCAGAAUUUUCAGUUGCAUUGGGGAAUUAGAUUGAAGAUUGCUAUCGGAGUUGCUCAAGGACUCGCAUAUCUUCACAAGGAUUAUGUUCCACACUUGGUUCAUAGAAAUGUCAAGUCAAAAAACAUUCUGUUGGAUGUUAACUUCGAGCCAAAACUUACUCAUUUUGCUCUUGAUAGGAUUGUUGGAGAAGCUGCAUUUCAAUCAAUUUUGGAUUCUGAAGCCACAUCUUCAUGUUACAUUGCUCCAGAAUAUGGAUACAAUAAGAAAGCAAGUGAACAAUUUGAUGUGUAUAGCUUUGGUGUUGUAUUGCUAGAGCUAAUUUGUGGAAGACAAGCUGAGAAAACAGAUUCAAGUGAUGACUCUUCACUUGACAUAGUGAAAUGGGUUAGAAGAAAAGUGAACAUUACUAAUGGGGUGAACCAAGUUCUUGACACUAGAAUAUCACAUUCUUGUCACCAAGAAAUGGUUGGUGCUUUAGAUAUUGCUCUAAGCUGCACUUCUGUGGUACCUGAGAAAAGGCCAUCAAUGUUGGAAGUUGUUAGAGGUCUUCAGUCUCUUGAGUCAAGGACUUGUAUUGCAAAUUUGCAGGGUCCAAGUGAUGAACCCUCUGUUCCUGUUUGA